UUUGCGAUCGAGUUUACCAAAGCGAUUUUAAUCGACAUGAACUUCAACGACUACCUCGUAUCGUCGAACAACAGCGUCAACGACAACAAGGUGAACGCGAAAAAAGCCGCGCGCAAACCUAUGCACCACAUCAAGAAACUGAUCAAGUGCGUAAUCGGGAAGCACAGCAAGAACACCUACAAGAAAAAUCCUCAGCCAAGUUACUACGUCGACGAGGAAAUUGACGACAACAUCGCCAACGAGAUCCUCGAGAACGAGAUUUUCGAGGAGAUCGAUAGCUGCGAAGAGUAUUCGGGAGUUCAGGUCUACAACGGGUCAGAAAUCGAUGUCGUUCGGGUCACCAGAGGUCAGCGGUACGUCCCGGUUCAUUUCGCGAGGACCGAAGCUGGUACGUUUUUCUGGACGUCCGUGUCCUCUCCGGACAGCGAUAUCCUGAAGGACGGCGACGACAACGCGAUCUGUCAGUACCAAACUCCGGAACUGCAAGUAGCAUGCGAUAGGUGGGCGCAGGCGUAAGCCGCCACGCCGCAAUGUGACGUCCCCAAUGUGCCUUACGACCAUGUGAUUUCCUUGCUCAACGAAUGUUUAUUUUUUUUGGUAUUUUCUCGACUUUUCCCGUCGAUUGUGAUAUAUAGAGUUUUAAUUUUAUUUUGUACGACGCAUGACAUGUGA